CGGCUGAUCGACGCUGUCAGUACUGAACUCGUCCCGUUUCUUCAUGUCUCUCGCCGUCGCCAGGCGACUAUUGCUCUAAACGCAAUCUACACUCCCUCUUCAAGAGUCCUGAACGAUGUCUUUUCUUGUGGGAGCGGCAUCUGGUGCUCUAGUGGCGGGCGGUGUAUACUAUGGUUUCUCCGCGAUGAUAACAACAAGGACACAACAUCACCAGGCAGACUUACAUCGUCUUUCUGAGCGGUUGGUGAACGCAGCCGCAGACAUUCCGGCCCCUGUACCCGCCUCACAGCGUAUUCCCGACCGGACAUUUGUCACGGCGCUGCAGAGCCAGUGGAACUCUCAAAUCGAGACGGUAUUCCGUGGCGCAAGACAGCUGGAUCGAAGUAUCAUCGAAUGGGGGCGGAAGACGCUGUAUGGCGGGGAUGCCAGCAGGACAAAGCCGGAGUGAUUUGCGGUAUCCCUCUUUUUCUUCGUCUUAUACAUAUCUAGCCCCUUGGCACCUUUCCCAGUAGAUGAUCAUCCCUCGCGCCAUUGUGGUCAC